AUGGGCAAUGAAUCGUCCACAAUCGUAGACGAGAAAACUCCGCCUUCGGUGCUAGAAGCCCGCACCGUGGAUGCAGUCGCAAAGUAUGUCCGGGAGAAGCCAGUACGGCAAGUGGUCGUGAUGGUCGGAGCGGGCAUCAGCACGUCAGCCGGUAUUCCUGAUUUCCGUUCGCCAGAUACUGGUAUAUACUCGAACCUUAUCCAUUUGGAUCUACCGGAUCCCGAAGCAGUUUUCGACAUAAGCUUCUUCAGACAGAACCCUAAGCCGUUCUACGCUUUGGCGAGGGAGCUGGCACCAGGACAGUACAGGCCUACCAUUGCUCAUUCAUUCGUAAAGCUCCUCUACGACAAGGGAAAGCUUUUGAAGCAUUUCACACAGAACAUCGACUGCUUGGAACGGUUGGCCGGCGUGCCGGGUGACAUGAUUGUUGAAGCUCACGGAAGCUUCGCGACCCAGCGCUGCAUUGACUGUAAAGCAGCCUAUCCGGAGGAAUUGAUGAAGGAGGCGAUUGCAAAAGGGGAGGUGCCAUAUUGCGCCGAGUGUCAAGGGCUAGUGAAGCCAGAUAUUGUCUUCUUCGGGGAAGCAUUACCCUCGUCCUUUUUUGACAACCGAGAGCUCCCUGAAACGGCCGACCUUUGCAUAGUCAUGGGCACGAGUCUGUCUGUGCAGCCGUUUGCUAGCCUUCCCUCGUUUGUUGCGGAUGGCGUGCCGCGCGUGCUCAUCAAUCGGGAGCGGGUCGGUGGAAUGGGCUCUCGUCCGGACGACGUGCUCAUUCUAGAUGACUGUGAUAACGGAGUAAGAAAGCUAGCACGGGCACUAGGAUGGGAAGAGGAGCUAAAACAAUUGUGGGAAGAGGUCAAUCCGAACAAAAAGUCGCGCGAGGAAGAAUUAGAAUCCCCUCAGACGCGCGAAGAGCGGCUUGAGAGUGAGAUCAGCCGGUUGACCGCGGAGGUAGACAAAACUCUAGAGAUUUCUGACGCUUACCAGAGGCGUGUCAGGGAGCGUUUAGAGGAUGAGACACGCUCUUCAUCGGAGAGCAAUGGAACGGGACUGGCUCACGUUUUCCCGCAUCUGGCAAAAAAAUAG